AUGGCUAAUUACGAUAUACCGACCUUGUUAUCGGCACUUGAUGUGUUCACCCGCACUCCCGACAAAGCAUCGCUAGAAAGAGCAAAUUCCUGGCUUCAGGAUUUUCAGCAUUCUCCUCAAUCGUGGGAGACCUGCGAUCUCCUCCUGUCGUCACCAGAAGCACCGCUCGCAGCCAAGAUCUUUGCGGCGCAGACGUUUAGGACCAAGGUAACUUACGAUCUCAAUCAACUCAGUCCCGAAAAGGUCACAGCCACUCGCAACACGCUCGUUAGUGCCCUAGAGGUUUUCAAGGCGGGGCCUCGUACGAUCACCGUUCAGAUUUCUUUGGCUAUCGCUGGUUUAGCCUUGCAGCUUCCGUCCUGGGAGAAUCCUGUAAAAGCUCUGGUUGAUGUUUACGGGAGGAACCCUGCCACCGUCCCAGUUUUGUUAGAGUUUUUGACCCUGUUGCCAGAGGAAGUUUCGAGCAAUACCAGGAUUCCUAUAAGUGAUAAUGAAUACCGGGACCGAUCGGCUCAACUAUUGACCGAUAAUUCCAAGUUGAUUCUUGAGUUAUUGUGCUUGUAUGUCAACGCUAGUGUCCAAUCACAAGUCUUCAACUGUCUGUAUAACUGGCUCGCCGCAGGAGAAAUUGGCGUGAUUCAGUUGGCAGAGACACCCUUGUUCGGUUUUGCAUUCGAAGCCCUCACUUCCGACGAGCUUUUCGACGCCGCGGUCGAUGUCAUCUGCCAAAUAGUGCACGAGACACAGGAAAUUGACGAUAACAUGUCCGUGAUUGAACUCGUCGUUCCAAGGAUCAUUACAUUGAAAGAACGGAUUGCUGCAAACUACGACGAUUCGGACAAGAUCAAGGGAUAUGCUCGUAUAUUCUCUGAAGCUGGGGAAACAUACCGAUCGUUGAUUCUACAGCAUACAGAAACAUUUUUCCCUCUGGUCGAAGCUAUUGGAGAGUGCUCAGCGUACCCGGAUCUCGAUAUCGUCCCCAUAACCUUCCCGUUCUGGAUGCGCCUUGCUCAAAUCCUCGGCAAAAAAUCCUCAGUGUCACCAUUAUUCUUGGAGGCCUAUAAAUCUCUUAUGACCGUCAUCAUCAAACAUCUCCAUUUCCCAGCCGAUAUUACCACCCUUACUGGUCAGGAGGCGGAUGAUUUCCGUGCCUUUAGGCAUGUCAUGGGCGAUACACUCAAAGAUUGCUGUUUUGUCCUCCGAACAGAGACUUGCCUUCUCGCUGCGUAUCAGCUUAUUAACAACGCUCUUGCUCGCGGUCCUGCUGUAUCCUGGCAAGAAAUUGAGGCCCCUCUGUUUGCCAUGCGUUCAAUGGGAGCGGAAAUCGACCCAGAAGAUAAUAGUGCCGUUCCAAAAAUCAUAGACCUCAUACCAUCCCUACCAAACCACCCUCGAGUUCGUUAUGCGGCUUUGUUAAUCAUUUCCCGCUAUACAGAGUGGAUCAAUGCCCAUCCACAAUAUAUACCCUUUCAGUUGCAAUACAUAUCUGCCGGAUUCGAGGAUACCGACGCCGAGGUGGUUGCUGCUGCAGGGCAGGCAUUGAAGUAUAUGUGUCAAGACUGCAAACAACACUUGACAGAUUUCCUGCCUACCCUCCAUACUUUCCUUACAACAACUGGAACAAAACUUGUUCAAGAUGACCGUCGCCAGGUUUAUGAAGCGAUUGCAUAUGUGAUAUCUGCUAUGCCUAUGAAUAGGGCUGCUGAGUCGCUCAAAACAUUCGCAUUGGACAUUUUGGCGCAAGUGCACGCGGUCUCUACAAAAACAAUACCUCCAACGAAAGCCGAAAUCGAUGAAGUUGGAAAUGGGCUAGAGAACCUAGAGGUAAUGCUUCAUGUCAUCCAAGGAUACGGUGAAGACCUUCCUCCUGCAUGCCAAAACACUGGUCAGGAAGCUUGGCUUGUCUUCGAUGCCUUCCUGUCGAGCCACGGACUUAACUAUGAUCUUGCCGAGCGUUCCACUCGUGUAUUGCGACGGGGCAUUGAUCUCUUCAGCAAGUCAGCGCUACCACUUGCCCCAUCCGUAAUACAUAGGAUGUCUGCAGCAUUCGAAACCACGGGCUUCCCUAGUUUCCUUUGGAUCGCUGGCAAGAUUAUUGGUCGAUACGGAAUUGAGAAGGAUUCUGCCCUUCAUGCUUCUAUACUUGAAAUUUUCCAGCGCAGUACAGCCAAAGUGGCCACGAUGUUAGAACAAAGUAGCCCUAGAGAAAUACCUGACGUACUGGAGGACUACCUUCAGAUGUUACUUCAAUUAAUAAACUUGACCCCGGAUGUCCUGUUUUUAUCACCGUCGUUUGCAUUGGCUUUCCAUUGCGCCAUGGCGGGUCUUACAGUGGUACACAGUGACAUCGUCUUCGCCGCUCUGGAUUUCUUCCGCUCGAUUCUAUCGCACGACUGCAUGGAGCCCCCAUUGCCCUCGACUUCCCCCAAAUACCCGAUGUAUGCCGCCGUUAUUCGUGACACAAUGAGCAAGGAAGGGAAUAAAUUUUUGGAAUACAUUCUUAAAGGUUUUGUUGGAAACUUCCCAGAGGAUGCCGCCUCUACUGUCGUAACAAUUUUCAGGUCCCUGGUUGCUUAUUUCCCGAACCCACUGCUUAUAUGGCUGCGCGACGUCCUCCUGUUAUUGCCUGUUAACAGCGUGCCCAACGAAUCCAAGGCUCAACUGCUCCAGGAAGUUACGAGUGCCGUCAACACAAGACAGUACGACAAAGUCAAGUAUGCUAUCUUGGCCUUCGAUCGCGCAGCAAGGAAGACUCGUGACCGCAGAAGAAAUACUGGGGUGUAA